GAACGCCCCUCACAUUGACGCAUCCACCCAUCAGCUGUUUUUGUUUUGCUCUGUGGAUAUUGGAAGUUGAUAACGUACAACAACAACACAAAACGACUCAGGGGUAGCGGCUCCCCGGGGGGCCGUCAUAGUUUUCACCUUCGACCCCGUUCACGUUUGGGUCCGUUGACCCGUGCGGGUGAUGCGCGCCAGCUGAGCCGGUCCACCCGGACGUUCCGCUCGCUCCGCGGAGAGUGUGAGCGUGGCGCUUUGGAGUCGGUGGGGGCAGAGGAGGAGGAGGAGGAGGAGGAGAAGAAGAAGAAGCGGGUUCCAAGGCCGAGCAGCCUCGGGGCGGCUGGGGAGGAGGAGAGGUCGAUUCGGCGGGCCGCGAUGGAGCCCCAGGAGUCCCGGGACGCACCGGACGGCACCGACGCGCACCGAGAAUUCGUGUGCGCGUCGUUCAACCAGGACACCACCUCUCUAUCAGUGGGCACCAGGACCGGCUACCGCCUCUUCUCCGUCACUGCUGUGGACAAACUGGACUGCAUCCACGAGGGAGUAGAGUGCCCGGACGUCUACAUAGUGGAGCGGCUGUUCUCCAGCAGCCUGGUGGUGGUGGUCAGCGUGUCGAUGCCGCGGCGGAUGAACGUCUACCACUUCAAGAAGGGCACGGAGAUCUGUAACUACAGCUACUCCAACAACAUCCUCUCCGUGCGACUCAACAGACAGCGGUUGGUGGUGUGUCUGGAGGAGUCGCUCUACAUCCACAAUAUCAAAGACAUGAAGCUGCUCAAGACCCUGCUCAACACGCCCUCCAACCCCACAGGCCUUUGCGCGCUCUCCGUCAACCACAGCAACUCCUACCUGGCGUACCCAGGCAGCGCCACCAUCGGAGAGGUCACCGUCUACGACGCCAACAACCUGAGCACCGUGACGCUGAUCCAGGCCCACGACAGCCCCCUGGCGGCCCUCGCCUUCAACGCCUCCGGCACCAAACUGGCCAGCGCCUCGGAGAAGGGCACCGUCAUCAGAGUCUUCAGCGUCCCUGAAGGACAGAGACUGUUUGAGUUCCGCAGAGGCAUGAAGAGAUAUGUCAGCAUUAGUUCAUUGUCCUUCAGCGCCGACGCCCAGUUCCUGUGUGCCUCCAGCAACACGGAGACGAUCCAUAUCUUUAAACUGGAACAGCACAGCCCCAGUCGAGAGGAGCAGUCUCCCACAUGGUCGGCCUACAUGGGCAAAAUGUUCACGGCGGCCAGCACCUACCUGCCCUCCCAGGUGUCCGACAUGAUGCACCAGGACCGGGCCUUCGCCACAGUGCGGCUCAACAUGUCGGGCCUGAAGAACAUCAGCGCCCUCGCAACGAUCCAGAAGCUCCCUCGUCUGCUGGUGGCGUCCUCCGACGGGUCUCUCUACGUUUAUAACGUGGACCCACAGGACGGCGGCGACUGCGUCCUGAUCCAGAAGCACAGGCUGUUUGACUCCGGCGAGGAGGAGGAGGAGGAGGAGCAGCAGCAGCAGGAGGUGGAACCGAAGCAGGAGGAGAAGCCGCAAGACGUCGCCCCUCAGCCGCCCAGCCAAUCGUACGCCGCCACUGUGGCGCUCGCUUCGACCCCGCCCUCCUCCACCACUCUCAUGGGUUACUCUGAGGAAGGUGGAGCCCAGAAGGGGGAGGUCAUCCCGGAGCACGAGUUUGCCGAGGGUCCCGUGUGUCUGGACGACGAGAACGAGUUCCCCCCCUUCGGCAACCAGAGCAAUUGACCAAAUCCCAUCCUGGUGACCCCCCCGGACCUUCCACCUGUACCCCUGCUGGCUUAGGGUCAUAUGUGUCCAGAACGUUACUCUUGCUGGUGUUUCUGUAUUCUGUGUCCCUCUCACUUUUUGUAAUGAUUAAGGAAAGACAUUAAGGUGGGGGGGGGGGGGGGGGGGGGGCGGGGGCAAGGUCCGAAUUUACAAAAUAUUCUACGGAUCAAAGACCCACUAACUAACCCGUUGGGCCAUUAAUCGUCUUUUUUAUUAUAAUGGAACCCUGACAAAACAGUGAUGUUAUUGUUGCACAACAUUAUCGUAGCAGCAGUGAGGCACAUGAUUGAUCCUGCAGAGUAUUGGUGAGCAGACUGAAUGCAUAAAAGCAGGGCAACACCCCCCUCCCCCCACCCCCCUACCAAAAAAAGAGCGGUCACUGGGAAGGUCAUUUUAGCUGCAAUAUAAAUACAAUAUGAAUUGAGUUCAUUGAGUUUCUCACUUACAUGUCUUAGAAAUAGGAAUCUGAGGAUACACAAUGAGGAACAUUAUCAACGGGCAUUAAACGGGACACGGAAGGAAGAGAUUUGGGAGGUGCAUGGUGACCCAUGCAGUAAGUAUAAUGCGAUUCCAGAUGCAGCUGCCAUGAGACCAAACACCUGCCAAGUCCUGAAUGCAACCUGGUAACAAAAUGUGGGGAAGUCGAGUGUGAAAAGCUCGAUGCUGAAGCUGCACACAGCAAACUUACAGGUCCUGGAAUUUCACUGAUGUCCUGAUAUUUUAUUUACUACAAAAGAUGCUGAAAACAGCACGUUAACAUGCAAGUCAUUUUCACUUUGAUGUAUAAAAAGUUCUUUAACAAAAUGUUUUCAGUAUUACACAUCAACGCAUAGACUUACCAUGCGGAAAUAUAUCUUUUUAUUAUGUGUAUAAUGUAUAUAUAAAACAUUUAUAUAUAGUAAUGUUGUAAUAAUAAACAUGGACAUAACCUUUGAUUUGCCAAAAGGAGGCGCCGCAUUGAGCUGUUUAAUCCUAAGACUCAUUAAAGCUGAUUCAACCUC